AUGGAUGAAGAAAUUGAGGCAGAAUACAACAUUUUGCAAUUCCUUCCUAAUCACCCCAACGUUGUCAAGUUUUACGGGAUGUUUUACAAAGCGGAUCACUGUGUGGGGGGACAGCUAUGGCUGGUCCUGGAGCUGUGUAAUGGAGGCUCUGUCACCGAGCUUGUCAAAGGUCUACUCAGGUGCGGCCAGCGGUUGGAUGAAGCAAUGAUCUCAUACAUCUUAUAUGGGGCCCUCUUGGGCCUUCAGCAUUUGCACAACAACCGAAUCAUCCACCGUGAUGUGAAAGGGAAUAACAUUCUUCUGACAACAGAAGGAGGAGUUAAGCUCGUUGACUUUGGUGUUUCGGCUCAACUCACGAGUACACGUCUACGGAGAAACACAUCAGUGGGUACCCCAUUCUGGAUGGCCCCCGAGGUCAUUGCCUGUGAGCAGCAGUAUGACUCUUCCUAUGACGCUCGCUGUGACGUCUGGUCCUUGGGGAUCACAGCUAUUGAACUGGGAGAUGGAGACCCUCCCCUCUUUGACAUGCAUCCUGUGAAAACACUCUUUAAGAUUCCCAGAAAUCCUCCGCCUACUUUACUUCAUCCAGAAAAAUGGUGUGAGGAAUUCAACCACUUUAUUUCACAGUGUCUUAUUAAAGAUUUUGAAAAGCGGCCUUCUGUCACAAGUCUCCUUGACCACCCAUUUAUUAAAGGAGCCCACGGAAAGGUUUUGUUUCUACAAAAACAGCUGGCCAAGGUCCUGCAAGACCAGAAGCAUCUACAUCCUGUUGCUAAAACCAGGCAUGAGAGGAUGCAUACCAGAAGACCCUACCGUGUGGAGGAUGCUGAAAAAUACUGCCUUGAGGAUGAUUUGGUCAAUCUAGAGGUUCUGGAUGAGGAUACAAUUAUUCAUCAGUUGCAGAAACGUUAUGCAGAUUUGCUGAUUUACACAUACGUUGGAGACAUCUUAAUCGCCUUAAACCCAUUCCAGAAUCUAAGCAUAUACUCUCCACAGUUUUCCAGACUUUAUCACGGGGUGAAACGUGCUUCAAAUCCCCCCCACAUAUUUGCAUGUGCAGAUGCUGCUUACCAGUGUAUGGUCACUUUCAGCAAAGACCAGUGCAUUGUCAUCAGUGGAGAAAGUGGCUCUGGGAAGACAGAAAGUGCCCACCUGAUUGUUCAGCAUUUGACUUUCUUGGGAAAGGCCAAUAAUCAGACUUUGAGAGAGAAAAUUCUACAAGUCAACUCCCUGGUGGAAGCCUUUGGGAAUGCAUGCACUGCCAUCAAUGACAACUCAAGCCGUUUUGGAAAAUAUCUGGAAAUGAUGUUUACACCAACUGGAGUUGUGAUGGGAGCGAGAAUCUCUGAAUAUCUACUUGAAAAAUCCAGAGUCGUAAAACAGGCAGAGGGAGAGAAAAACUUUCACAUAUUUUACUAUAUUUAUGCUGGUCUUUAUCACCAGAAGAAACUUUCUGACUUCAGACUUCCCGAGGAAAAGCCUCCGAGGUACAUAGCUGAUGAAACUGGAAGGGUGAUGCAUGACAUAACUUCCAAGGAGUCUUACAGAAGACAGUUUGAAGCGAUUCAGCAUUGCUUCAGAAUUAUAGGGUUCACUGACAAGGAGGUGCACUCUGUGUACAGAAUUUUGGCUGGGAUUUUGAAUAUUGGGAACAUUGAGUUUGCAGCUAUUUCUUCUCAACAUCAAACUGAUAAAAGUGAGGUACCCAAUGCUGAAGCUUUAGAAAAUGCUGCCUAUGUUCUCUGUAUCAGCCCGGAAGAGCUCCAGGAGGCCCUCACUUCCUACUGUGUGGUCACCCGGGGGGAGACCAUCGUCCGUGCCAACACCGUUGACAGGGCUGCGGAUGUCCGAGAUGCCAUGUCCAAAGCCCUGUAUGGGAGGCUCUUCAGCUGGAUUGUGAACAGAAUCGAUACACUCCUGAAGCCAGAAAAAAACAUAUGUCGUGCAGAGGAUGGAAUGAAUGUGGGUAUCUUGGAUAUCUUUGGAUUUGAGAAUUUUCAGAGAAAUUCCUUUGAGCAGCUGUGCAUCAACAUCGCCAAUGAACAGAUCCAGUACUAUUUCAACCAGCGGGUGUUUGCUCUGGAACAGAUGGAAUAUCAGAAUGAGGGCAUCAACGCUGUACUCGUCGAGUAUGAGGACAAUCGCCCGCUCCUGGACAUGCUCCUCCAGAAACCCCUGGGACUGCUUGCACUCUUGGAUGAGGAGAGUCGGUUUCCCCAAGCAACUGACCAGACCCUGGUUGAUAAAUUUGAAGAUAAUCUACGAUGCAAGUACUUCUGGAGGCCCAAAGGCGCGGAGCUGUGCUUUGGCAUUCAGCACUAUGCUGGAAAGGUAUUAUAUGAUGCUUCUGGAGUUCUUGAGAAAAACAGAGAUACUCUUCCUGCUGAUGUAGUUGUAGUCCUGAGAACAUCAGAGAACAAGCUUCUUCAGCAACUCUUCUCAAUCCCUUUGACCAAAACAGGUAAUUUGGCCCAGACAAGAGCCAGGAUAUCAGUGGCCUCAAGAUCUUUGCCUCCACAUUUCAGUUCUGGGAGAGCCAAGGUAGACACCCUGGAGGUGAUACGGCAUCCUGAGGAAACCACCAACAUGAAGAGGCAAACCAUGGCUUCUUACUUCCGGUAUUCUCUGAUGGAUCUGCUCUCCAAAAUGGUGGUUGGACAGCCCCACUUUGUGCGCUGCAUUAAACCCAACGACAACCGAGAGGCCCUGCAGUUUUCCCGAGAGAGAGUGCUGGCCCAGCUCCGCUCCACCGGGAUCCUGGAGACAGUCAGCAUCCGCAGACAGGGCUACUCCCACCGUAUCCUCUUCGAAGAGUUUGUGAAAAGGUAUUACUACUUGGCAUUCAGAGCACAUCAAACACCUCUUGCUAGCAAAGAGAGCUGUGUUGCUAUCUUGGAAAAGUCUGGAUUAGAUCACUGGGUGCUGGGAAAAACAAAGGUUUUUCUCAAAUAUUACCAUGUUGAGCAAUUAAAUUUGCUGCUUCAAGAAGUCAUCGGCAGAGUGGUCGUGCUGCAGGCAUACACCAAAGGCUGGCUUGCCGCUCGGAGAUACAAAAGAGCCCGAGAGAAGAGAGAGAAGGGGGCCGUCGCCAUCCAGUCAGCCUGGAGAGGAUAUGAUGCUCGGAGGAAAUUUAAGAAAAUAAGCCCCAGAAGGAGUGAGUCUGCUGCUCAGAUUCAAGCAGGGGAAAUUUCAGACCAAAGCAGUGAUCCACCUCCUGCUGUCAUGGUGGACAGGGGAAAUACCCAGGCUCAAGAUGGCAGCAAGCCUGCUGACCAUACAGUUCUGAAGGGCUCUGCAGAUCCUACGAGCCAUUCACAAGCAGAAUCCAAUGAUGGCCAUGAGGAGACUUCAAGCAACUCUUCUGCCAUCACUGAGAAAAAUGGGCAUUCACAAGCUCAGAGUUCUCCGAAAGGGUGUGGUAUCUUCACAGGACACGCAAAGAAGCAUUCAGUUUCUGGGACUGAUUCACUGUCUUCUCGGACAUGCCAUCCUGCUCCAGAGCGGCAAGGACAGGGUCCCUGGGGAGCCUCUGGAAAACCUGGUUUAGAAAAUGGUCUUGCACAGAAGCAGCGAACACCUCGCCGCCGAUGUCAGCAGCCCAAACUGUUGAGUAGCCCUGAGGACACCAUGUACUAUAACCAGUUAAAUGGAACUCUAGAAUAUCAAGGGAGCAAGAGGAAGCCAAGAAAACUUGGCCAAAUCAAAGUGCUUGAUGGGGAAGAUGAGUAUUACAAGUCUCUGUCACCUGUGGACUGUAUUCCUGAGGAGGACAACCCAGCCCACCCUUUCUUUUUUUCCUUAUCCUCCAAGGGGGACUCUUUUGCUCAACACUGA